AUGAUGUCGCAGACUUCUCACUACCAACUGACCUCACUCUGGACUCUCCUUAAGAAUCGUGCAAAAUUCUGCUUUAUCCCAAAUAAAGAAUGCUCUCUUUCUCUCGACAGAGCUCGUUUUUCUUUGACCGUCCAUGUCACUGAUAUCAGUGAGCUUAAUAUCUACUGCUACAAGGCGCCGAACCAUAUAGAAGAAAUGUCGAAGGGGUUCCAUGGAAAGUGCUGGACCUUGAUUUGGGAGAUUAUGAAUUUUGGAACCGCUGUCAUUAUGGAAAACUUUGAUUCGAUGGAUUAUCUAUCAUGGAUUUCAUGA